UCCCGCGCGGCUCCCGUUUCCUGUUCCGGGGUCGCGGCCCCUCCUCGGGCGCUGCUCGGCGCAAUGGCGGGAGCGGCUGCCGGCCCUGCGGGGGCUGCCGCGGGGUCACAGCUGGUCCAGCGACAGGAGCUGCUGGUGUCAGGGAUUGUGUAUGAGUCCAAGUAUAUAUCUGCUCCUAAAAUCUACAUCCUGCAGCCUUGGAUUGUCAACCUCUUGUUGAAUUCCCAGCAGGUGGAUACCCAUGAGUGUCUCGUGGCCGGGCAGGUCUUGCAGGUCUUGAGAGACUCAACUGCUCCAGGCCAACCUGGGGUCCUCCAGGAUGCUGUCCUCCAGGUCUCAGAUGGGUCCUACUACAUCCGUGUGGUCAUUACAUCCAAAGCUCUGCAGGCGGACGAAAACACCCAAAUGCAUGUCAGGCUUUCCAGCCUUAUUUGCAGGAUUAUUGUCUUACAGAAGUACACAGUGUGUUUCCGAGAGGAGGCCAGACUGGAGGACUGCGAGUUUUACCUCACAGCCCAGCAGUUCAUCGUGCUGCCUAUGGAGAGGCAGAGAAUGGAGGCAUCUAACGGGAACGAGGAGCCUUCUGUGCUGCAGAAGAUAAAGGAACUCUGGAUGAGGAGUCUCGCUCUGGAGAACGCUGCCAGCUCAGAGGCAUCUGUCUCUCAGCUAAUUGAUGCCAUAGGACAGAACCAGCUGGAGGUUUUGAAGAAAAAUGCUGAGGAAUGCUUGGAUUUGUGGAUGCCCAACAAGCCGCCAGCAGCGGUGAAGGAUGAGGUUUCCACCACUAAGUGGGAAGCACAGCGCAAGAAAAAGUGGGGUGAGGAUGUCUUCAUAGUCCCGGCCAACACCCUGCUGAUCACUUCUGAGGAGGACAUGGUUGCUUGUGAUGCUUCCAAGGCAGACACAAUCAAAGCAACUCCUGGGAAGAGUGGUGACAGCAGGAUGGUGCCAAGUGAUGCGAGCGUCAUAUCCCAAGUCAGCUCCACCGGGUCUACAGCCUUGUCGGAGACCUCGGAGGUAUCCCUGGACAACCCCUGGAACAGGCUCGCCCCAGUAUCUCUGGUCCUGGAGUCUUCAGAUGAGAGCUUUCAACACAGCCUUUCACUGAAGACCCAGCAAGAUAUGGCUGUUAGCAGCAACACCCCCAACUUGCUGGAACAGGGACAGCUGGUGGAGACCUCUUCUCCCUCCCUGCUCUGCUCCUAUGGUGAUACCAGUCUGGUGGAGACCAGCACCACCUGUCCGGUGUCAGCUUCGGAGGCAGCCUGUGAUGCCCCCUGCACUGCUGGGGGCCUGCAGGUAUGGGGGGGCUCUUGGGCGACCCUGCCAUCUCUUUCUCCAGCUAUUCCUGUCUUGCCCAGCAGCCCUUUGCAGUCCUUGCCCAAAGAGAUGCCUUGCAGGAAGCACACAGACUCCAGUGGCACAGCUUUCCCUCCAGAUACAUUGAAAUGUGGUCCGGCUCAUGCCAGGACCCCGGGAGGAGGUGCUGCAUGUGCCAAGAGGAAGCUGCUGAUGGGAGAUGGCCUCAGUGGGCAGAAGCAUCCUCGAAGUGCCCCAUGGGACAGGGGGAGAGACACAGGCAGGCAGAUGGAGCCUGAGAGCACACAGGGUGCAGAGAAGAGAAGAGAGGAGACUGACUUGCUGCAUGGAAAGGAGCCAUCUGAGGAGGAGGAAGAGCAAGCAUGCCCAGUGAGCGGCUCCAGGUCCAAGCCAGAGCAGCACAGAGCUCUGCAGCCGUACGUGAAUGAGAAGCCCGUCGAGUACAAGUACAACACACCAAGCCCCGAGCUCUGCAAGCAGAUAAGAUCUGUCAGGAUCUCAAAGGCAAUGCUGAAGUGGGCAUGCUGGAUACUCACCGGGGAGAUGGACUCCUGAGGCCAGCCCAUUCUUCAUUUCUUCUCUGGUUCAGCCAAAACAAUUUAGGACUGUCUGGGAAGAGCAGCUGGGGGAGGGAUAGGGGGAAAACCAGGACCCCUGUCCCCAAGGGGACCACUUUGUGUGCUGGCCUGGCCACAAAAGACCCUGUUCCAGGAAUGCUGGGGACAUGAUCUGUUGAAGGCCAGCACCCUCAGCAACGGAGAGGGAAAAAGAGCAUUAAUUCAGGGAUGCCUGGGCAUGAGCCAGCAUCCCUUUCCCACCUCUCUCUCUCCAUCCUUUGCACCCACCCAGGCCCAGCAAGUGGGAGCAAGAGGUGCCACCGUAGCAGAGGUGGCAGAGUCCCCACAGCCUGAUCCCUGCUCCAAAGGCAGUGCAGGAGUUUGGACAUUUUAUUGAUUGGUUUAUGUAGGGUCCUGCACUGCUCAUUGCAAAAAAUGUUCAACGGGUUUAUGCUGUAGAAGUUAAAAAUAAAAAUUGUGUAUUUUUUAAA